CGCGACGCGCGACGCGCGCGACGACGCGCGACGCGCGCGAACGGAUCGCGAUCCUCGCUGCGUCGUAAACCGACGCGCGCGACGAGCGACGACGACCGCGCGCGCAGCGACGACGCGAAACGCAAAAAGUUCAAAAACAUAGAAUCGCCGCCGCGCUGGGUCGAGGCGAUCGGCGAGAAAUCAGCGCGCGCUCGCGACAUGGCGCGCGAACACUGGAGCUCGGACGCGUGGACGAUAGAUCCUGGUAUAUUUGACCUGCGCGCGCUCACGCCGACGCCGCAGACGGAUGGAGGAGGGAAAGAGAAACAGAAAGAGGAGCUGACGAAGAGCGGACCGUCAAAGGCGUCGACGACGACGCAGGCGGGAACGAGCUCGCACGGGAAGGCGACGGAGGAUGCGCUGCGAUUGUGUGAGGUCGAUGGGUGCGAAGAGCGAAGGAGCUCGCACCGCGGCGCGGGACUGUGCGAUAAACAUCGACACGCAGAGUCGUUCGUCGUGCGAGGGGCAAACGGAGGGAAACCGAUGCGGUGGUGCUUUUAUUGUCAUCGCGCGCACGAUUUGGGAAAGUUUACCUCGGCGAGUCGGUCGAUUUGCUAUGAGAAAUUCACGCUGAGACAGGGACGGAGGGCGGAGAAGAAGCAUCAGGAGGCGCGAAAGGCGGCGUCGGCGUCGGCGGUGCUGGGAGCGUUCGGCGCGCCGGGCACGAACAGUGGCGGGGAUAGCGGAGAGACAUCGGCGAUUGAUACUUCGCUGUCGAAGGCUCUUAGUCAGGUGCCGCUCGUGGAUGCGAUUGUGAUGAAGCAUCGCUCGCAAGUCGUCCCUCAGGGCUACGACACAAAGUUUUGGGUCGCGCAUCCGCGUGAGCUUCAGGAACGCAUGGACAUGUGGGAUCUCGUGCGUCGAUUGAACUCCACGGAAGAGCCGGUGGGAAUGUACGGGACUAUCGUUCCAGGGUGCGUGCGUUUCACCGUUCGCGGUUGGCAAGGCACGGAAGCGACGCUCGCGAUGCAACCGUUGGAUCGACGCGGCGUGUUCGCCCUCGGCGACGAGCGCUCCGUCUCCGUGAGCGAGAUGGCGGCGUUGGACAUGAAGCCGAGACGCGUCUUCAUCAAUAAACGCGGGAGCGUCACGCGAGGCCCUGUCGGUGCGUGCGGAGAGGCGAUCAUCGACGCCGUCUUCGCGAGCGCUCGAGAAAAGCUGUACGUUCGAACACCGCGAGAUCCACGCGUGAACAAAAUCCCCGUGCGCUUCUUCUCCGAAUACGUCGAUCGUGAGGUGUCGUGCGUGGACACAGAGGAGUUUGUUUCAAUCUGUCCGUUGUCCGAUGCCGGAACGCGUGGCGCAGUGAUAGAUCACGUGCUGUCGAUUCAGUGCGGCGGUUACGGCGCGCCUUACGAGCACGUCGCCGUCAUCGAAGACGAAGACAUCGCGCGCGAACUCGUCGAGUUAGACGCAUCUACGACAGGUAUCGAGGCGAGAAAAGCGUUGCGUAGGUUUGCUUUAGAUUACGUAUGGCUUUCGAGUAGCAUCGAGACGGCGAUGUUUUACGAGGAAGACGUCAAACGCGCGAUGUACAUCAUCGACUCGGCGCGAAAUAUUUUCGGCGCAUGGGGACGGGCGCCGAGCGCGCUCGCUCGAGUGGAGACGCUGCGAACAGAAAUCGUAGAGUUUGGCACGUCGAUUUCGGAUGAAUCACGGUGUCGUCCGAGGGUUACCUCGUUUCUGGAGACGAAGAAAAUAAGAGCGCGGCCACCGAUUUUUUACGGCGCGACAACUUUGCUGCUCCGCAAAGAAAACUCAUCGAUAUAAC